AUGACCCCCGGAGAGGAGCGGGAACAGGAUGAGUGGGAGGAGUCUCCGCAACUCUCUCUAGGCCCCCGGACCUCAGUGCUCCUGGCUUUCGCCCUGCUCUGCCUGCCUUGGCCCGAGGAGGUGGGCGCCUUCCCCACCAUGUCCUUGUCCAGCUUGUUUGCCAACGCUGUGCUCCGGGCCCAGCACCUGCACCAACUGGCUGCUGACACCUACAGAGAGUUUGAGCGCACGUAUGUCCCAGAGAGCCAGAGAUAUUCGAUCCAGGCUGCCUUCUGCUUCUCAGAGACCAUCCCGGCCCCCACGGGCAAGGAGGAGGCUCGGCAGAAAUCCGACAUGGAGCUGCUCCGGUUCUCCCUGCUGCUCAUCCAGUCCUGGCUCGGGCCUGUGCAGUUCUUCAGCCGGGUCUUCACCUCGAACCGUGUCUAUGAGAAGCUGAAGGACCUGGAGGAAGGCAUCCAAGUCCUGAUGCGGGAGCUGGAAGACGGCAGCCCCCGGGCUGGGCUGAUCCUCAGGCAAACGACCUAUGACAAGUUUGACACAAACUUGCGUAGUGAUGAUACAGUGCUCAAGAACUACGGGCUACUCUCCUGCUUCAAGAAGGACCUGCACAAGGUUGAGACAUACCUGCGGUUCACGAAGUGUCGCCGCUUCAUGGAAAGUAGCUGUGCCUUCUAA